AUAGGGAGUGUGCCAGCCAUCGUGUGGAUCACGGUCAUCGACGUCACUGAUUUUGGAUUUUGGCAGCGCGAGACGGGCAUACGAACUCGACACCCGUCGUUCUGCCCCGCUUGUUACUGCCAUACCGAUUGCCAAGGUCACCCGACCCGACAAGCUUCAUCCCAAGACGUGGUCAUGGCGGUCAACAAACUUCACACGGUACCUGUGGGUGCUUUGUGUCUGAUGAUCAUUGCUGGAAUCCUCCUGGUGGACAUCCAGAUUGACAAGCAUGCGACAACGGAGGAGGCGCUGAUCUAUUACCGCAUCACACACAACUUCUUCCCUCUUCGGGCCGUCUUGUUUGGUUGCAUCAUUGUCGGUGCUCUGGAUCUCAUGGUCAUGACCUACUUUUACCCCAGCCGUUUGGACCUCGUCUCUUUAACCCUGGCUGGCUACGUGCUCUACCUUUUUGUGGGUGCCAUUGCGCCGCAGCUCGAGGCCGCGAUCCAACCCAAUGCUGAAGAGGUCAUCAUUACAGCCGCUCUUGAGACAAUUCGCGACGUCCAUGUCUACAUGUUUCCAACAAUCCUCCUUCUGAUUGUUGCGAUAGCCAUGAAGCACCGUGGCUCCUCCGAGGAUUCCAGUGCGGUCAAGACCAAGUCGCAAUGACCAUCAAAGGCUUGAAGGCAAGGCCGUCAUUUGCGCACAUGCUGACGGCCUGGCAAUUAG